AUGAACCGGGCGGAGGGGACACAGGAGGCGGGGGGAAAAGAGGGGCGCGCGGGGAAACAGGAGGAGGAGCGGAACGAGGAGGACGAGGAGGGGAGUGGUAGCAGUUCCGUGGGAGAGAGUGUGAGGAAUGCGAUUGACGGGAGCGGGGGAAUGCAGGGGGAGGAGCGUGAGGGGGGAAAUGAGAGCGAGGACAGAAGGGAGCAUGGGGAUUGGGAGGGGGAUGGGCGGGAGGAGCAGCUCGCAAUGGUUGGCGCUAUGCUGGAGGGUGGGUGGCCGGGGCAGGAGAUGUCUUGGCGGGAUGCGGGAGAGCUGUGGCCUAGGCGUGGCAAAAGGGGGAGUGGCAUGCGGAAAGAGGGAAUUGGGGGGACGGGGGAAGCUGAGGGGGAAGGGGGAAUCGAGGUGGAGGGGGGUGGGGACCGGAGGAGAUUUGAGAGUGGUGCUCAGGGAAAGGCGGAAGCGGAAGGGGAGGUUGCGGAAGGGGGGGUUGCGGAUGGGGGGGUUUCAGAUUGGGGGAAGGGGAACGGGGAGGAGAAGGACGGGGAAGGGGAAGGGGAAGGGGAAGGGGAGGAAGGGGUUGAAAGUGAUGGUCUUCAGGCAGGUAGAGGGGAGGAAGGAGAAGGAGCGAGAAUUCAGGGAGAAAGGGAAGGGGUGGGAGGUAGGAGAGAGAGGGUAAGCGUGGGUAGAGUGAAGGCUGGGGGGGAUGAGGAAGGCGGCGAGAGUGGUGAGCGAGAGAGGAGGGAUGGGGAGGAGGAGGAGGGAGAGAAUGGGGAGGAGGACGAGGGAGAGAAUGGGGAGGAGGAGGGAGAGGGUGGGGAGCAGGGGGAAGAGGUUGGGGAGGAGGAAAGGGAGGAGGAUGGGGAAGAGGAGGGAGAGGGUGGGAAAGAUCGAAGGGAGGGUGGGGAGGAGGAGGAAGAAGGUAGGGAGGGCGGGUACGAGGGAGGGGAUUACUAUGAGAGAGGAGGGAAAGGGUCCGAGGAGGGCGAGGGGGAAGAGGAGAAGGGAGAAUAUGAGAAGGAACUAGUGGAGGAGGGAUUAGGGAAAAGAGAAAGAGAAGGCGAAGGGGAGGGGAAAGGGGGGCUGGAUGAUUAUGAUAUUGGGGAAGAGGGAGAAGAGGAGGAGGAGGAGGAGGCGGAGGAGGAAGAGGAGGAAGAGGACGAGGAAGGGGAGGAGGAGGAGGGAAGCGAGGGGGACAGUGGGGAUAAAAGCAGGUGGAACAAUGGGAGGGGCCUUGAGGGUGAGAUGGAAGAAGGGGGACUUGGGGCAAGAAAGAGCAGCGCUGUAGCUGGAUUGAAACUCAAGAAAGCAGAGGGAGAAACAGACGGGGAAGCAGAGGGGGAAGUGGAGAGGGAAGCAAAGGCGGGGUUACAGGAAGCAGAGAAUGAGCUAGAAGACGAUUUGGAAGAAGCGGGGUUUGGGGCGGGAAGGUAUGGCAGUCUCAGUGGCAGUCACAGUAUGGGUGACCUGGGCAGGCUCGUUGACUUGCAGGGAGUGGGUGCAGACAAGGAGGAGGCGGGGGAAGCAGAGGAGGAGCAACUAGACGACGAUAUGGAGGAAGCAGGCUUUGGGGCGGGACGGGGUGGCAGCCGCAGUAUGGGCGAUUUUGGCAAGCUUAUUGGGUUCAAGGGAAUGGGUGCAGACGAGGAGGAGGAGGAGGAGGAGGAGGAAAGGAAGCACAAGUCAGGAGGGGGGAAGACCCAGGGGCGAAGCAAGCUCAAGGCAAAGAAGGAAAAGAAGGCCGGACGAGGCAAGGAGAAGAAGAAAGAGCGUUUGAAGGCAUUGUGGCGGAUGAGACAUGCAGCAGCAGCAGGAGGAGGAGGAGGAGGGGCCUCUGAGCCGCCCUUUGAACCGCCGGAGCCGAGGUGGACGGCGGACAAGGCGUGUGCCAACGUGGCGGAGAUGGGCGAGGCGACAGCUGGCAGCACCGAUGUGGCUAGUCUGAAGCUGCGGCGAAUGAUUGAGCUACACCUGGCGGUUCACGGUGCCUCUGCGCUGCGUGCGCUGCCCUCUCACGAGUUCUGUCAGAGGAGCUUCGUGCUGGGCUAUGGCAAGCACGAGGGGCUGGGGAGGGAGGGAGCAACCUCUACAAAGAUCCUCACAGCCCCACCCUCUCUCUCUUCCCAUUCCACCCCUUCCUCUGCAGGUGCCUCUACUGUGCGUGCGCUGCCCUCUCACGAGUUCUGUCAGAGGGGUUUCGUGCUGGGCUAUGGCAAGCACGAAGGGUUAGGCAAUAAUCUCUACAAGAUUCUCACGGCUCCAGCGCUUGCUCUCAUGCUCAACCGCUCCAUUAUCGUGGGCGAGAACUAUAUCUUCCAUGGUCCACCUCAGACACCUCUGGCACCACCACACACGCCUGCUGCUGCUGCUGCUGCUCCUGCUCCUGCUCCUGCUGACCACUCAGCACCCGCUGCCUCUCUCCCUUUCCUCCUUCCCCCCCUUGCUCUCUCUACCACCUCUCCCCCGACAUGGCACGCGGCCACUGAUGGAGAGCAACAAAACAGCACCUCUGGCACCACCACACGUGUUUUCUUGCGUCUCACCACCCACCACCAGCUACCGCUGCCUCCUUGCUCUCUCUACCCCCUCUCCACCCCCAGUGGCACACGGCCACUGAUGGAGAGCAACAAGACAGUGGGGCAGCGGCUAUGGAAGGACUAUCUCGCCUUCUCCCCGGAAGUAUUCUCCAUGCUCGAGUUGAGACACCUCUGGUAUCAGCACGACUGCGAGCGGCGCUACAGGCGGCCUCUGGUGGUGCGGACUGACUCGUUUGCCAACCGGGCGAGGUCGCGCACAAUGUGUGAUGAUUGGUCCACGUGGCAGGAGCCCAUUAUCUGUCUGGACGAUGCAUUGGACUCGGUACCCGUUCAGACCUUUCUCAAGAACCUGCACCCGGCCAUGCGGGAGAGAGCACACGCCAUCAUGGGUGUGCCCUGGGACCCCCUAGACGAUGCAUUGGACUCAGUACCCAUUCAGACCUUUCUGAAGAGCCUGCACCCAUCCAUGCGGGAGAGAGCACAGGCUGUGAUGGGCCUCCCCUGGGACCCCCACUCGCGCCCCAACCUGUUUGGGGAGAUUGCGCGCGUGCUGCUGCUGCCCACGCCAGCAGUGGCGGAUGCAGUGGGAUGGGCGCUGGGGAGUGGAGGGAGGGACGCCGAUGUGGUCAUUCACUUCCGGCACGGCGGAGGCAGACGAUUGCUGGAGGCAGAGGGUAGAGGAGGGGAUGGAGGAGGAGGGGAGGCGGUGGGUGGAGAUGGGGAGGAGUUGGGAAAGACAAUGAUGGGCAAGGCGAACGGGAAGGCAAAGAAGGGAAAGACGAAAACGGGAAAGACGAAAAUGGGGAGGUCAAAGAAGGGAAAGAAGAAGGCUGGAAAGGCGGGGAAAUUGAAAUCGGGGAAGGCAAAGAAGGGAGAGACGAAGGCGAAACUGAGAAAGCAACAGGAUCGGGCGGCGGCGGCAGGGGAUGAGGAUAGGGAAGGGAAUAAGAAAGGAGGGAGUGGGAGCAAGAAAGCAGUGAGCGAUAAGGACAAGUUGAGGGUGGUGGUGGUGGCGGAUCAUCCCAGUGUGGUGCGCAAGAUUGGAGCUGUCACGUCCGACUUUGCCAAGAUCAUUCGUUUUGACCACGCCAAGUUUGUACGUCGACACCCGGAAAGCCCCCUCGCCUCUGCAAAGAAUAAAUCACUACCAUCCUUCCGGGUGCGAGACUGGGGCCCUCUGCCCCGCUGGGUGGCAUUGGUCGACUUUUUCCUCGCCGCCCGGGCGCGCUACGCCUUCAUUUCUGCAGGCCGCUCAAGGGUCUUCACCACCUUCUCCCAGCUCGCUGCUUCCCUCGCUGCUGCCAGGAGCCUAGGAGCUAAGGUGAGUCGUGACGUGCUGUAUGUAGAGUGCGUGGUGAGCUCUGCUAAUGCAAGUGCCGGUUUCCCUGCAUGCAUCAAGGCACAGGGGCGCUCAAGGGUCUUCACCACCUUCUCUCAGCUCGCCACCUCUGUAGCCGCGGCCAGGAGCUUAGGCGCGAUGGCUCUCAGCUCAGCCUGCCCGGGUGCGCUACGCCUUCAUCUCUGCAGGCCGCUCAAGGGUCUUCACCACCUUCUCUCAGCUCGCCACCUCCCCCCGUUCAUCGCGCUUCCUCCUACUGAGUGCCUUCCACUCUCACCUACUGGAAAACGAAGACACACCCUCCCCUCCUGCCUCGCGUUUCCUCCUACUGAGCGCCUUCCACUCGCAUCUACUUCAAAACGGCUUGGCCAACCAAGGGGGCCGCGGCCACGCCUGGCACACCUUUUCAGGUCGCCUCUCCUGCCCCGCGCAGCCCCCCCAGUGCGCCCUCUCCCCCGCCCUGCCCUAUGCCUGGUGGGAUGCCCCCUGGCAGUCCCCUGCGCGGGGGGAAGCGGGGAAGCUGAGGCGGUUGGGGCUGCAGGUGGGGGAAGGCGGGGAGGUGGGGGAGGAGGCUGUGGAGAUGUUUUGUGA